AUGCACUUCUUCAUUGCUGCUGUCGCUGCACCCAAUCCAGCUUACACGGCUCAACUGAGUACUGCUCUUCAAGUCCGAGAAGGCCAAGAGGUUAGCUUCAUCCCUGGAUUAUCCACGGAGAAACGUGCUAACAACGACGGCUACCAUAACUUCUGUAACGGCCCCUGCACGGGUUACUACUGCACGCUCGGCGCUAACCCUCAGUGCUGCGUUACCAAUAACGGUUGCGGUUGCUGCUGGUAUAUGGAUGGUGCAGCCUAUUACGCCGACACAAAGCCUACUGAUAUCAAAGCCAACCAUGGUGGAAUGGUCGACGCGGGAUCUACGAAAAGUCUCGCUGACAAGGCUGCUCCACACCGACAACCUGCCAGCCAAUAUAGGGUCGGUGGGUCAAAAUCGAAGGUUCAUUAA